CCUGCUGGGCCUGUCUCAGGUCUGAACAGAGCCAGACCCGAUGCUGGAACCCAACCUCACCUCUGGAUGGGAGCGUCAUCGUCCAAACAGUGACGUAGGCUGGCCGACGCUUAAAGAAAAAGACACGCCAGACAUUUUGUAGUGUAUCAAUGACACAAUAACGGGUUUUAUGAGUGAAGGUUAAUGCUAAUCAAUGGAUUCACCAUCGCAACAAUGGUAGAUGUUCUUACUUUAGAGAAGGGAUUCAACUCGGGUCGACCGACGCUGUGGGACUAGCUAACGGUAGCGCCUCGGCUGCUACGCUAACCGCUAUCCUCAAGUCGCCGAUACAGGAUGAAUGGCUGUCUUGAAGAAGUGGACGCGUUUUGAACACAAGUUAUAGCCUGUCGUGUCAGAUACAUGUGCCUUCAGCCCCCCCUCAUACGCUGGACUGGGUCUUCACCAUGAAGAGUUGUGAGUACCAGCAGAUAGACCCCCGGACGCUGUCCGCGUCCAACCCGUCCGCACAGAGCUGCGCCGGCGGGCAGAGCAGCGCCCAGCGGAGCCGGAGGAAGUGGGAAGUUUUCCCUGGAAAGAAUAGAUUUUACUGCGAUGGACGAAUAAUUCUCGCCAGACAGAGUGGGGUCCUCCCUCUGACACUGGGCCUUAUUGUUGUGACUUGUGGCCUUUUCUUUGCGUUCGACUGCCCGUUCCUAGUGGAGCAUUUGACCGUCUUUAUACCUGUGAUCGGCGGAGUGCUUUUUGUAUUCGUGGUCGUCUCCCUUCUACAAACCAGUCUCACCGACCCGGGCAUACUACCCAGGGCAACGCCAGACGAGGCAGCAGACGUUGAGCGGCAGAUCGACACAACGGGGACGUCUUCGUACCGACCCCCGCCGCGCACACGGGAGAUUGUCAUCAGGGAGCAGGUGGUGAAGCUCAAGUACUGCUUCACCUGCAAGAUGUUCCGGCCUCCCCGGACCUCCCACUGCAGCCUGUGUGACAACUGUGUCGAGCGGUUCGACCACCACUGCCCGUGGGUGGGGAACUGCGUGGGCAGGCGCAACUACCGCUUCUUCUACAGCUUCAUCAUCUCCCUCUCCUUCCUGAUCUCCUUCAUAUUCGGCUGCGUCAUCACCCACCUUACCUUACGCUCCCAAUCAGGGAAAGGUCUUGUCCAAUCGAUCCAGGAAAGUCCUGGAAGCGUCGUGGAGCUGGUCAUCUGUUUCUUCUCCAUCUGGUCGGUGAUGGGCCUCUCGGGCUUCCACACGUACCUGGUGGCCUCCAACCUGACGACGAACGAAGACAUAAAGGGCGCCUGGUCCAGUAAAAGAGGGGCGGCGGACAGCGUGAACCCGUACAGCCACAACAGCGUCUUCACCAACUGCUGUGUCACGCUGUGUGGGCCCAUGCCCCCGAGCCUGAUUGACAGACGCGGUUCGGUUCCCCACGACGACCCGUCCGCCGCCGCCGCCGCCGCCGCCGCCGCCGCCGCCGCCGCCGCCCCAGAGCUCGAGCUGCCUCCUUUCAUGGCCAAGAGCGACACGCGCAUGGAGGAGAACUGUCAGGACUUUGCUUUGUCCUGCACGGCCUGAAGGCCGGCCUGCCAAAGGAACGAGCCCAAAGGAGCUGCUGGAGAGGGUGGUCCGCUCGUCAGAACUCUGCCUCCUGGGUCGGCCCCCCGUCCCUAAGACCGCCGCCCUCGAACCGGAGGAGCCUGCACCCCGAGACCCCCGCUGCUCCUCCUGUUCCUCCUCCUCCUCCUCUUCCUCCUCACCUUCGUCCCCAGGCUGCUGGGAGGGACAGCCCCCCUGCCCCCCCCCCCACACUGCCGCUCCCUGUCACCCGUACGGCCGGGGCACCCGGAGGGGGUCGCCGGACUCUGUUAACCCGGCCUUCCGCCUGGCCUUGCCCUCCCCCACGCUCAGCCACGCUCCCCUGGUGGUGGUGGUGGUGGGGGGGGCGGCCGGCUCCGCCCCCGUCCCGCCGCACUGAGCGG